ACGGGGAAAAUAUUCAAAGACGACCUAUGAUAGUAAAUAUAUACGUCUGGUCUUCGAUAUAUAAUAAUCUUAUAUUAAUAAACUGAGCUGUCAGUUUACAAUGACAUUUUUAUUCAUUCUUUUGUUUCAUUGAAUUUUCUGAAUACAAAAAUUCUUUCGUCUGAGUAACCCUCUGGUGAAGAAUGUCACAUUCCAAUUUCAAUAUGGCGACACUGUUCAAAACAUGAAAGCCACGGAUAGACUAAUUCCAUUUCUAAACGCUUGCUUUGUUGUGUGCAUAUUCUUCCUAUUAUUAAAAUAUAACAAUGGUCAAAGCAAGCGACGUGUCCACAAUGGCGGACAGCUGGAGCGAAUCUUUCGAGAAAAACCGAGUUCUACCUCCACUCAGCCAGACUGCUCGCCUGGCUGUGGACAACCACCUCACCCAGUCUCGGGGCUUCCAGCUCAGCUUCAGCCGGGUCACUGCAGCUCACCUCCCUCAGGAGACACAAGAUGUGGAACAGCACUUGACCUACCAGCUGCGGCUGACACUGUUUGAUGAAAGCCACCAGCACUUCUUUGGGAGAACGUGGAAGAGUCGACCACAGAAGAUAAAAAAUAACACGAUUAUCUUCAAUGAGGCCCUUUAUUUCCAUACAUCUCUGCGGUUGCCUUGCAAUGUGGUGGUCGUGGAGCUGGUGUCGCUAACGUCAAGACCAGAUGGAUCUCAGCAGGCUCUGGGCUUAGGGUUCACCAUACUGGAGCUUUUUUCAAAUAAGACAGAAGCCCAGGGAGCAAAUGGAGACAGAAGGCUGAAUCUGCACCUUGGGUCACCGAGAGUCCUUCUACAUCCACUGCUGAAGGACACAGUUGACUAUGGCAUUUUCCUCAAGACUGUCGACGGUGCACAUUUAGAUUGUGCAGUGAAAAAACACCCUGCGUUGACUUCUGUGAUGCACCUGCUACCGGAAAAUGUCUUUGUAUCUGGAGACGAGGACAUUCCUGGGCUCUGUGCUUCUCCUACAGGAGAUUCUUUGCUCAGGCCUCAGCUGCUGAAGAUGCUGCCCUUCAGCCUGAGCAGACUAACCAUCUCCCUCCAACCGUCCUUGGAGAAGUUUGAGAGCCAGCUGCUACAGCUGAUCAGUGCCGACUGCCAUAACACGAAGCAGCUUGGAUCAGACGGUGCACCGAAGACUGUAGUCAUCCAGGAGAGACGGCUCCAUGUUGGUGUCCACAAUGGCUGGUGUUUCCUUGAAAAACCCCAAGUGGUGGUGCUCGAGGCAGUGGAAACAGGGGUCAGAGGUCGGACAGACAGCACCUCCAAACUGAGCACACCAAGUAAAGACAGCUCCACAACUUUAUCCCUUCCUCAGACGUUGAGCCUUCGGAGCAGCCUGGAGCUCAGAUUGAUUAAUCAUCUGGCUGUGGCCAUCGUCUUCCAGCUGGAAUAUGUCUUUUCUGCUCCGAUUGGACGAGAGACUAUGCUAUCUACCACCUCCUCAUCCCGGGCUGCCUUCCUGCAGUGCCUCCGUUGGGGUAUCUUUUGCCCCUUUCAGUCACCAGCUCAGUGGAAGGGAGAGGAGAUACAGCUUGUUCUGCGAGGAGGUGCAAAGCCAAACCCUUACGGAGUCAUGGUCUACAGCACAGAGACGUUUGCCAAGAGUCAUGCCUCCGUGCCACUCUCAGCUGCAGGCACAGCUCAGCCUGCAUCUGAAACACAUGAGACGAUAACUUUUCGGCUGACGUCUAGUCUGAACAGGAAGCUGUCCAGCCCCAAGGCAUCUCUGAGGGCAAGGCAGGAAGACAUGUCCUUUGAGAAGAGUUCACCUUCCUCACCUUCAGAUGGUCGCAGACACAUUCUACGAGCUUCGCCACCAGAUUCUCCUCCAGGCCCCAUGCUUUCACUGUCUCAGCUGGCAGCUACAUCACGCUACCCGACCAUCAGCCACUCCAGCUCUGUGUUGCUGUGGCAACAGUCCUUUCCCUCUCCGCUCCAUCCUUCCCCAUUGGCAUCAGCCCACCAGCUGUCACAUGUCGCCUUUCCCGCUGUCAGCAACAUUGCCCAUUUGGAAAUUGACCUACAGCGAAAAGGAGAUGUGUCCUCUUUGUCCCACAUGGAAGGUGACCAAAUUAAGGCUCUGCCCUUUACCCCUGUCCAUGCCCCUGUCAUCACUCCGGGGAUGAAUGUUCCUAGACCUUCAUCGUCCAGUUCCAGGAACUCUCUGGCUCACCUUCACUCUGCUGGGUUCCCUGAGAUCUACAGCCGCAGUGGCGAUAUCGCUGAAGUCUUAGAACCCACAGAGCCAAUGUCCUUUGACCCCCAGCUUGAGGAGAAAGAUCCUCUACAGAGCAACCUGCUUGUGUUUCAGUUCUUGGCCUUCACCAGAACACCAGAGACAGGGUUUGGUCCUGAUUGGCCAGACAAGAUCCAUUUCACAUUCCAGUUCUAUCGGUUCCCUCCAGUGACAUCACAGCAGCUCAAACUCCUGACCAGUGACAGAGUGCAGCACAACAGUGUCGGUGCGGUGCCCUGUGUCCUCACCUCCAUCACCAAACAUGGCACCAUCAACCCUGAUUCUCCAGGUCUGCAGGUUCAGUUCAGAGUAGACGACGGUUUCCUGAAGCCGGGAGAGAGGCGUUGGUUUCUCCGUUACCUGGCUCUCCACAGCCUGCACAUCGAUGUCUGGGAUAGUAACUCCUUACUCCUCAUUGGAUCUACUGCCGUUGAGCUCAAGUACAUGUUACGUCAAGGUAAACCAGCAGUGCAGGCUCUCCAUGAAGUAGAGGUGCUGACCACAGAUUAUGUUGGAGAGGACAUCCCUCUACCAAGCACAAGUGUAGGACACAAGUCAGCCUCCAGCCCUGUGACCGUCCACACCAUCAUCAGGGGUCGGCUGCACGUACGAACAGGCAACAUAGGCUAUCCAGUUGAUUCCAGCAGGAGGACAGCUGCAGACCUAACUCCAUCUCAUUCUAAUAUCAUUACUCCUUGUAAGAUCACCAGUGGCUUCAAAGGCGGGAGCUUGGCCUCUACGAACAUCCUCCAACUCAAUGCCACAAACAUGACAGAACGCAUGCCACUGUACAGUUCCCUCAGUGAGUCGGAUGACCGCCUGACCGUCUGGAAUCACCGUGACAUCAUAGACAGGGUUAAGACGAAGGAAGCCCACUUGGCCAUGGGCCCUCUUCAUUCAAAAUACCACAGAGAGUGCAGCAAAGCAGAGAGUAUUGCCAACAUGCUGAGCCAGGCAAUCACAACCCAACACCUCCUCUACGCCAGCCUGGGCUCAGCUGAGUACAUGGAGUUCGUCCUCAAAAAUCCCUUUAAUGUGCCUCACACCGUCACCAUCCACAGCGAAGACCCGGAGCUCAGUGUCAUCACCAACACAGAGGAGUGGAGUUACUUCAAAGCUCUAACAAAAUCUCAGACUGUUAUUGAGGGAAACAUGUUCCACCGGGAGGAGGACUCAUCGGGUCCGAGGGUUUACCUUCGCCCCAAAGAGAGUGUCCAUAUUCCCCUGAAGUACCAGAGCUUCCACUGUGACCACACGACCGCCCUCCAGGGACCCGGCUUCAUCCCUACAGGCAGCGGUUCUCAGAUGGCCAAGAAGAAUCUUUCCAAUAUUAUUGCUGCCAAAUCUAUCAAGGUCACUUUCAUAACAGAGGACGGCAAACCCAUGGCCAUCUGCCAGGUGAACGUGGAGCCCUCACCUCACGUUGUAGACCAGACCUUUCGACUUUACCACCCUGAACACUGCUUCCUGAAGAAGGCCAUACGCCUGCCACCCUGGCAUUACCCCACAUGUGGUCCAGAUGAGGAGCCAGAUCCACAACCCUACAUCUCCGUAUGCUGCAGUGACCCAAAUGUCAUCUGUCAGUCAAAGAUGCUGGUGCCGGGGGAGCCUCAGGACGUGUACUUGAAAGUACCAGGGAGUCCCAGCCCACACGUCAAAAUGUUCUUUGUGAUGGUUUUCACUGAUAAGUGGAUGGCCGUGCCCUCACAGACCUGGCAGAUGUACGUGCACUUCCUGGAGCGGGUGGAUGUGAGCUGCGUGACUGGCCAGCGGACCUGUCAGCCACUUGUGUUGAGGGGAAAGCAGAGCACUCGUAAGAUCCAGUGUUUCUCCUCACACCCACAGGAGAUCCAGAUGGACCCAGAGGGAGUGUUUCUGUUGCCACCGUCAUCGGUGCAGGAGCUGCAGCUGAAGGUGCAGCCGUGGCGAGUCGGCAGCCGUUUUAUGUUCGUGAACGCAGUGGACACGGAGAGUCAGCAGCUGGUCAGUGCGUGGCUGGUCUGCCUCAGUGUCCAUCAACCUUUGCUGUCAAAGGCAUUUGAAGUGUGUGUCCCAGUUGGCAGUGGACGUGGCAGCUCAAGAAAGAUCAACUUCACCAAUCCAUACACCAGCCGACGCACGUUCCUGCUGCGCUCUGACCACCCUGACCUGCUCCAGUUUAAGGAGGAUACAUUCCAGAUUGGUGGAGGAGAGAGCUACACUAUCGGACUACGCUUUGCUCCCAGCCAGAGUCCGGGCUCAGAGGAAAUCCUGGUUUAUGUGAAUAACUUGGAGGAGAAGACGGAGGAGACGUUCUGUGUUAAAGUCAACUACUCAUGAACUGAUGUUCGUGUCCUUUCACACCUUCAAUGAGAACUGCAUUUGUCUGGUUUUGUAAAAGUGUAAAAUCUUCACAAAUUAGUUCUAUUUUUCUCUGAAUGUAUAUUUGACCAGAUUCAAGAUUCACAUUUUCUAGCACAUUUUUGUAUCAUGGAAAUAAAUUGUAAUUAUAAAA